AUGGAACAAGAUAAAGAUAAAAUUGUAGCCGAUAUAAGUCAACAGCUUGAGAAUGAACUACAACCACAACUUAAGAAUGCUACAACACAUGUAUUUGACCCUGACGCUCCUCCUGAAGAAAAAGCAAAACAAAUUGCUGGAACUGCUAAAGUCGGUUUAAAACCACCUCCAGCAAUCAAAGGGGUCCAUUCUGACUUAACUUUAGACCAAAUUCCAGAUAAAGAGGAAGAAAAGACUUCAGCUUUACCAGGCGAAUUUUCUCAGGCAAAGCCUACUUCAGGACUUCCAAAAUGGGUGGCACGUAUAGGUUGGCGGGACGUCGCUGAAGUUAUUGAGACUGAUAAUGAUCAUGAUAUUUUUGGCGAAUAUUUGAGCGAAUUAUAUUAUGGAAAGCUUUGGGUGAAUGCAACUGUGGUUUUCGUUUCAAUAUUUGCUACAUGGAUAAUUACUUCUCUUGGUGGUGGUUUUGAUUGGAUUAUUAUAAUUUGUGCUUUUGUCGCAACAUACUAUAAAUAUUCUAUGAAACGUUUUUAUCGUAAUGCUCGUAGUGAUAUUUCUCGUACAAAACCAGCAACUAUUGAGUCUAUUAAGUCUCACCCAGAGGCUGAUGAAGAUAUUGUGGUUAUGGAUUGGAAACUUUCUUUUGAUCCAAAUGACUUUGCAAACAUGACAAGGGCUCAGUUGAGAAAUAAAGUUAACCCAAAAGUUGUUCUUACGAUUCGAGUAGGAAGAGGCAUGGUUGGUGCCGGUAUUCCUAUAUUAGUUGAGGAUAUGUCUUUAUCUGGAGUUAUGCGAGUCAAAUUGAAGUUAAUAAACGCUUUCCCACAUAUCAAAACUCUUUCCAUAAGUUUCUUGGAAGAGCCAAAGAUAGAUUAUGUAUUGAAACCAAUUGGUGGUGAAAUGCUUGGAUUUGAUAUUAGCCAUAUUCCUGGGUUACAUUCGUUUAUUCAAGACCAAAUUCAUGCAACAUUGCGUCCUAUGAUGUACGCUCCACAAGUAUAUGAAUUAGAUGUUGAGAGCCUUAUCGGCGGAUAUCCUAUCGAAUCUGCUCUUGGCGUGCUUAAGCUUAAAAUCAUGAGUGCAAAAGGAUUAAAGAAUGUUGAAACGUUCGGUGCUUCUGAUCCUUAUGUUAAAGUGACUUUACAUGGAAAUAAAGUACUUGCUAAAACAAAGACAAUUUUUGACUCGUUAAACCCUGUUUGGGAUGAAACAUAUUUCUUAAUUUUAACCUCCUUGGAGGAGGACUUAACCUUCGAAUUAUAUGAUUUCAACGAAGUUACUAAACAUAAAACACUGGGCAAUGCCAAGUUUUCAUUGAAAACAUUAGAUGAAAAUACAAAACAAGAAGAUAUUUCAAUGCCAGUGAUGAUAUCUAAUGGAAAACAACAUGGAGAAAUUAAGUUUAGUGUAACAUGGUAUCCAGUAGUAGAAGCUACUCCCACAGACCCAGCUCCAGAAUCCAAUACUGGUGUUUUGCGAUUCACAAUUCAUCAAGCUAAAGAUCUUGAUCCAAAACAUUCUAUAGUAGGACAAUAUAAUCCAUAUGCUGAAUUAGGCCUUAACGGAAAAGUUGUUUUUACUACAAGGACCCUCAAAAGAAUUAAUAAUCCAGUUUGGGAAGAAUCAUACGAAUUGUUUAUCACUAAUAAAGCUGCUGCUGAGUUAUUUGUCAAAGUUAAAGACGCGCGUGACCUUGCCACUGAUCCGGUUGUUGGUAGUUGGAGCGGUAAACUACAACACUUUAUUGAUGUAUUAACAUCAACGAAAAACGACUGGUUUAACGUAACUGAUGCCCAAUCUGGUAAAUUGAGAUUAAGUUGUACAUGGAAGCCAGUGAUGUUUGACCACGAAUUUCGACAAGGCGGAUACGAGGAUGCAAUUGGAAUGAUCAGACUUCACAUUAAAAGGGCUGAAGCUCUGAAGCGCUCACAGAUAAUGGGAAGAUCUGUCGAUCCAUUUGUAAUGGUUCGGUUGAGUGCUACUUACCGUGGUCGCACCGAAGUAGUAGUAGAUACCACAAAUCCAGAAUGGAAGCAUGAGUUUCAUUAUAUACCUAUACAUUCCUUGAAGGAGACUAUAAAUCUACAAAUAUUUAGUCAUGAUAGCAAAGAUUUUGGUUCAGUUGACUUUUAUGCGAGUGAGCUGGCUCAACAAAACGAAGAUGGAACUUAUCAAGCGACUGAGCCUUUUGAUGGUUCUAAACCUUUAAUUAUUGCUAAUGAGCACAAGGGUGAUCUUUUUUAUUCAGCAAGUUUCCAUCCCACUGAACGACCCCCAAAAAAAGUUGAGAGUCCUGCCGAAAAGGAGGCAGAAAAGGAGGCAGAAAAAGAAGCAGAAAAGGAGGCAGAAAAAGAGGCAGAAAAAGAGGCAGAAAAAGAGGCAGAAAAAGAGGCAGAAAAAAUUUCAGACGAGAAAAAUGAUGACAAAAUAGAUUUUGAUAAAUAUGAUUGUGGAAUAUUGGUUGUUAAUAUCAAAGAAGCCAGUAUAGAAAAGAAAGAUAUUUCUGUUGAAGUUUAUAUUGAUAAUGGAUUAUUCCCUGUUUUCUUGACAACCCGGUGUAAAACAGCACGUCCUGAUUGGAAUCAAGUCACUGAUGUUUUCAUAAAAGAAUUGGAUUUCGCAAAACUUUCAUUCCACAUCAAAAUAUCCGAUCACAAGACUCCUAUUGGUUGUUGUGUGAGGGAUGUGAGAAAUUUAUUGGAGAAAAGUGACCUUGAUAAUAUUUCACUCGAUAUUGAAGGCCUAAAUAACGCAAAACUUAAUAUUGGUGUGAGAUUUAUACCCAUGAUUUAUAAAGUAGAUCCCUUGGAAAGCAUCAAUAACAUGGGCACGCUAAGAGUAACAGUAAAGAGUGCAGGAGAUUUACCUGCUGCUGAUAGUUCUGGCACAAGUGACCCCUUUGCUACUAUUGCUCUAAACGAGGAAAAAGUUCAUAAGACAAAGGUCGUUAAAAAAAAUUUGAACCCUGUCUUUGAGAACGAAGAUUUCACAAUAAAUGUGCUCUCACGUAUUAGUGACAAAUUUUCUAUUGAAGUGUUUGAUUGGAACAAAAUCGAAUCCACUACUAAACUUGGCGAGGGUACACUUGAUCUUUCUGAAUUGCCAACCUUUGAAAAAGUUGAUAGAAGGGUACAAUUGUAUGACUCAAAAACUCAUAAGCCUGCUGGCUUUGUCAAUCUCUCAUUGCUUUUCUCUCCAAAAUUACUCCCGAAGAAGAGGUUGACUACAGGAACUUUAGCUGGUGCAACAAGGACACUUACUAACAUAGGCACUGGCAUUGGAGGUACUGUAGUUUCUGGUGGGGACACUUUUCUUAGAACUGGGGCAGGCUUUGUAAGCUCUGGAGCAAGUGCUGUCGGGUCUGGAUUUGGGCUUUUGAAAAGAAAAGAAAAAGAUGACAAGUUAAAGAUUGAUGAUUCACCGACUAGAGAGAUCAAUUCUGCAGUUGAUUUACCUAUUAAUGCAGAAAAUGGUACUAGUGAACAUCGCCUCUCUACAAUUAGCACAGAUUCUUCUUCUGAAAUUGGCGAACCCGGAAUUUUGACCUUGCAUCUCAUUGAGGCUAAAGAUCUAAUUGCAAACGAUAGAGGAGGCACGAGUGACCCAUACGUAAGGGUCAAGCUUAAUAAAAAAGAAUUACAUAAAACACCACAUAUUAAGAAAACAUUGACACCAAAAUGGGAUGAUUCUGUACAAAUACCAAAUCCUAGUGGUUCGCCUUUGAAGAUUGAACUUGCAGUUAGAGAUUUUAAUACAAUUGGCAAGGAUGUCACUAUUGGUGAAUAUCAUUUAAAUUUAUGGGAACAUAUUCAGCCUGGUAAUUACACCAAAGACUGUUGGGUAGACUUAAUUGACGGGAAAGACGGAAAACUGCAUAUUAAACUUGAAUAUACUCCAAAAAGUAUGAACGGGGAUUCAGCCAGGCAUUCAACAGAAGAAUCUGAUUCGGGAGGGAGGCGGUUCUUAAGUCUCAGAAGAAACAAGAAUGAAUAA